AGAGGAAAAGGAUUAGCUGAUGCCACUAGCUAUUAAAGGGCAGUGUAAAUAAAAAAGGGCGGCUUUUCCAAUCACUCUACUAAAGCCUUGCUUAGGUUUUUCUUUCUAUGAAGCAGUGGUUCUUUAUUAUGCACUGUUUUGUUCAUGCUGUGUUUCUGGAAGAAAGCACUUACAACUUUCCUUUCUCUUUGCGUGACUGUUGAGAUGUUAUUAAUACUGCUGGGACAGUGCAGUAUACAGGACUGUGUGAAAUUGACCUAAAUAACUUGUUACCUCCUGGUUCUAGGUUUUCUUACUCUGUGUGAAUUCUGUACCCCAGGACAGUACAAUGUUACUGCAUAUGGGCAAUUAUUUCAUCACUAUGAAGAGGAUAACUAGGAUUUUACUGCUUUUCACUGGGGUAUUACUUCCAGCACAAGUGGAUUGUAAAAGUGCAAGGAGCAAUUUACCGAGAGUCAAGCUGUCUUACAAAGAAAUGGUGGAUUCCAACAAUGUCAUCACAUUUAUUGGGCCUGCUAACAGCUCUGAUUAUCAUACAUUCUUGCUGGAUGAAGAGAGAAGUAGAUUACUAAUUGGAGCAAAGGAUCACAUAUUUUCUUUUAACUUGGCUAACAUAACAAAGGACAUUCUGCAGCUUCCUUGGCCCGCAUCACAUAAAGGCAGAGAUGAGUGCAAGUGGGCAGGAAAAGAUACUGCGAAAGAAUGCUCUAAUUUUAUCAAGGUUCUACAUUUCUUCAAUCAAACUCACUUAUAUACAUGUGGAACAGGUGCUUUUCAUCCUGUGUGUGCCUAUGUGGCUGUUGGAUAUCAUUAUGAGGACAAAAGUUUAAGGUUGGAGGCAUCCCACUUUGAGAAUGGAAGAGGAAAAAGUCCUUAUGAUCCAAAACUAGUCACAGCAUCUCUUCUUCUUGAUGGGGAGCUUUAUUCUGGGACUGCAGCAGACUUCAUGGGAAGGGACUUUGCAAUAUUCCGUACUCUGGGACCACAUCAUCCAGUCAGAACAGAGCAGCAUGAUUCAAGAUGGCUAAAUGAGCCUAAAUUUAUUAGCUUCCAUCUGAUCCCAGAAAGUGACAAUCAAGAAGAUGACAAGAUGUAUAUAUUCUUCAGAGAAAAUGCAUUAGAUGGUGAAUACGCAGGGAAAGCUACUCAUGCUAGAGUUGCACAACUCUGCAAGAAUGAUUUUGGAGGUCACAGAAGCCUUAUCAAUAAAUGGACAACUUAUUUAAAAGCUCGCUUGAUAUGCUCUGUACCAGGACCAAAUGGCAUCGAUACUCACUUUGAUGAAUUACAGGAUGUCUUCUUAAUGAGCUCAAAAGACCCGAAAAAUCCAAUCAUUUAUGCAGUGUUUACAACAUCAAGCAACAUCUUUAAAGGAUCAGCAGUGUGCAUCUACAAUAUGGCAGAUAUCAGAAGGGUGUUUCUUGGCCCAUAUGCACACAGAGAUGGACCUAAUUACCAGUGGGUACCAUUCCAAGGAAGAGUGCCAUAUCCACGACCUGGAACAUGCCCUAGUAAUACUUUUGGUAGUUUUGGUUCCACCAAAGACCUUCCAGAUGAUGUCAUAACAUUUGCAAGAAGUCAUCCUGCAAUGUACAAUCCUAUCUAUCCUGUCAGCAAUCGUCCAAUUAUCUUGAAAACAGAUGUAAAUUACCAGUUUUCACAAAUAGUAGUCGACCGUGUGGAAGCGGAAGACGGCCAGUAUGAUGUUAUGUUUAUUGGAACAGAUAUUGGGACAGUGUUGAAGGUAGUUUCCAUCCCAAAGGAGACCUGGCAUGAUCUGGAAGAGGUUUUACUGGAGGAAAUGACUGCCUUUCAGGAACCUACUACAAUAACAGCUAUGGAAAUUUCUACUAAACAGCAACAGCUAUAUGUUGGUUCAAACAUCGGUAUCUCCCAGCUCCCACUGCAUCGCUGUGAUGUGUAUGGAAAAGCUUGUGCCGAGUGUUGCCUUGCUAGGGAUCCAUACUGUGCUUGGGAUGGCUUUUCAUGCUCACGUUACUUCCCAACAGCUAAGAGACGUACUAGAAGACAAGACAUAAGAAAUGGUGAUCCUCUUACCCAAUGUUCAGAUCAACAGCCAAACGAUAAUUACAACAUACUAAAUGGUGUACUAGAAAAAAUCACUUAUGGGGUAGAGAACAGCAGCACUUUCCUUGAGUGCACUCCCAAAUCUCAGCGGGCUUUGGUCUAUUGGAAAUUUCAGAAGCUAAAUGAUGCACACAAAGAGGAGAUAAAAGAAAAUGAACGACUUAUAAAAACAGAACAGGGGCUUCUUCUACGAAGCCUUCACCGAAAGGAUUCAGGGAUUUACUACUGCUAUACCAUUGAACAUGGUUUUAUUCAGAAUAUACUGAAAGUGACCCUUGAGAUCAUAGAUGCUGAACAGUUGGAAGAGUUGUUGCAUAAACACCAGGAAGGAGAAGUUCAUAAACCUAAAGAAACGUCUAGUGUAUCUACUCCUAAUCAGAAAGUCUGGUACAGAGAUUUCAUGCAGUUAAUCAAUCACCCCAACUUAAAUACAAUGGAUGACUUCUGUGAGCAAGUUUGGAAAAGAGAGCGGAAACAACGUAAGCAGCGACCAGCUAGUACGCCAGCGAAUGCCAAUAAAUGGAAACACCUACAGGAAACUAAGAAAGGUAGAAACAGGAGGACCCAUGAGGCAGAAAGGUCUCCCAGGAGUGUUUGAACUACUUUAUCUAUAGAAACCUCAUCUAAGCUGAAACUCUUAUUGACAGAAACUGGAAAAUGCAAUAGUUGAGAAUGCUUUCCUUGCAUUACAUUGAUGUUUACAAGGGUGGAAUGCUUGACACUCUAAUGCCACUGGUUCUGUGCAGAUACUUCUUAAAAAUGCUUUAAUGGAUGUAAACAGUAAAGACCAUGAAGAGAAGCUCUCUCUAUGGGACUGUGAUAUUAAUGUAAAUAAAAGACUGAAAGUACUGUGAUUGACAGUUUUAUUAUAUCUAGAACUUUUGUGAACUCAUCUACAAUUGAGCAGUGAUUUAAAUCCAUUUCAGAAAACCUAAAGAGUAAUCACCUCAUUUUUUUUUUUUUAAAAAUGAAGGUAUAUGGGACUUCCUUGAUUUAGGCACUACAUCUCACAUAGGGUGCCUUUGCUAGAAUGACAAAGCUCUUUGACAAAAUAAUGUAAGACCUGAAAAAUCAAACACAAAAGGACCACAGAAUUCAAAAUAAUAAGCAAUUGGAUAAUAAAGGAACUUUGCAAGCAAAUAAUUGCUCUCUUUUUUCACUUCUGAAAUGUGAAAGUAUUUUUCAGAUACAGGUGAAAUGGCAGUAAAAUAUGUGAUGGGGAAAUCAAAGUUUUUUUCUUUUCUAAAUAUUUAACAACAUUUGGAUGUUAAUUAAUCAGCUGAUAUAUUGGUGUAAAAUUUUAUUGGAGUAAUACCUUAUAAUUUGACAUCAUUUUUUCAAAACAGUGUACUGAUGAAUAUUUUUGAGUUAUAACAUAUUUUGUAACAAAUGUAUAGGAUUCAAUGUUGUAAAACAACUUUCCAUUAAUCAGGAAGUAUCUACAAGAAAAAAGCAGAUGAUGAUAAAAUUGUACUUAAGCUCUUUUUGACUUCAUUCAGAUGCAUUUAUUUUUAUGGUAAUAUAGUAAAUAGAAUGCAUACUUAGGAAUAUGAACAACCCUUUUUUAUUCUCUGCAAAAAUUCCAGUUUCAUUUUUUAUAGUUGUAUGUUUAUAUGUUAUCAUGUUAGAUAUUUUUGUUUACAUGUUUAUGUUUGGUCUGAAUAACAGAAUUUAUUUAUUGGUUGCAAAGUAAGGCUAGUACCAUGAAAAUGUAGCAGUUGUUCGGGUAUUUUAAGUAUAAGAAAUUGGCAGCGUUAACAUUUUAUAUACCAUGAAGCAAAACAGAAGCAAGAUAUACAAAUUGAUAUUAUCAAAUUCUGGCAGUAAUCAGUUAUGGCUGUCUACUUUUGGGAUUUGUUUCACUGAAACGUUACAAAAUACAGGCUAAUUAAUGAAGCCUUCUAAGCAUAUAUAAUAAACAGGGUAACUAGGUUACUUAAGUGCACUCCUUGCAGCUGUAGAGGGGACUGUUAUUAAAGUUUGAAUGACUGGUCUAUUGCCCUAAUGAGGACACAUAAAGCAAAGAAAUGCAUGCACUUAAUAGUUUUGUUGUAUUGUUAGAUGAUUUCAUACUACUGUAUAGAAAAGUCUUGCUACAGGAAAAUGUGAUAUUAGGCAGUUUGAUGGCUUUAUGAAAGUAAUAGGAAGGUUUUAACUGUAAGAGACAUUAUGGCAAUGAAAAAUGCAUAUAUAUGUGCUUCUGGCACAAUCAAAUUUCAGAUACAGAUUAAAAAAAUACAUGUUCACAUUAA